AAUGGCAGAAGGAAAACCUUCCGUUAUCGUCAAUGUCAACAUCAAGCAUCAGGAAGAAACGAAUAUUGCUGGAGACAAUGUCGGGCAGAAGACGGAUGUUAAAGCCGCAGAGAUUGCCCAGGUCGUCGUUCCAGUACCAGGAAACUCAGAAGCUACCACAUCAAACACACUACAACAUGACUCGGUACCAACAACUGUUAUCAGAGAAUCAGAGGGAAAAAAAGGAAAUAAGUCACCAAUGAUGUUUGCACAAAACAACAAGCCCAAAUCGCCAUCCACACCUUCUGACGUCAAAAAGUCAAUUGCAAAGAUGAAUGAGAGCGGCGGAAUGAAGGAUUUCAUUGCAUGUGAGACUUCUCGUCAUCUCAUGCAAAAUAACAAGUUCAUCGAAGUUGUGGAUCAGAUCAAAGAUCUUUCGUCAUCGCCAUUCCAACAGUUAAUGAUGUCAGAAUGCUACUUUCAACUUGGAAAAGAGAUAAACGCGUCGGAGUGCGUUCAAGCGUUACAAACAAUGAUGACGUCAUCGCCAAGACCUAAGGUCGGUGACGUCAUCAAAUUGGUCAAUAUUUAUAUUUCUGAUUCGUCUCAUAUUCGUGCAUUGAUUUUACUCUCUUGCUGUGCUAAGUUGUAUAAGUUCGAUUCGAACUCGAAUAAUUCGGUUCCUGGAAUCAGAGAUUGCACAUUACAUUGUAGCAACGUGAUCAAGGCUAUGGCUCAGGCAGGUGAUAAAAUGAGAGCGAUUGCAACAGAUGUUGGCAUGGAAAUGAUCACUGACAUGUUGAGAGAUUGGAGGUCAGUGUCGGGAGCUAAUAAGACUAGGAAGGCGGAUAAGGAAGCUCAAUGCUUGAAAUACGUAGGUAGGAGUUACAAUGCCGUUGGUAAAUAUGACAAAGCAAUCAAAUUUUAUAACGAAGGUUUAGAUUUGAUGAAAAAAACGUUUGGGUUGGACGCCGCAAAAUAUAGGGUGUUUGGGGAUCUAUUAAACAACAGUGGUACUUUGCAAUAUAAUCUCGGUGAUUAUUCCAAGGCUGAAUCAGUUUAUUUGCAAUCCUUGGAUGCGUAUAAAAAAGCUGAGGAUUGGCCUAGUCACGAAGAGCAACAGAGAAGGAUAGAAUCUACACAGAAAAGUUGGGAAACCACUCAAAAAAAAAUAGUCCGCAGAAUCAGGGAACAAUCUUGUGAGAUGAAACUGCCAAGUUCAAUAGCUUCAAUUGAUGGUUUGAAUUGAUUUGGUUUAUUAGAAGUUCAGAUAUAUUCAGAUGCAAUAGAAAAAUAAAACCGCAAGUCUCCGAUCAUUUGUGAUUAUUAUUUCAUUUACGCGAUAAUUCUUAUUUAUAGUUUCAGUCGCUUUGUCGCCUCGUCAGUCCCCCUUGUUUCUGAGUAAGUGCAACUAAUGCACCAACAUAAUUCUAUAUAUAUUCAGCACCUCUUAAAAUUUCAGUGGUAGCCCUUAACUUUGCUGCAUUAUCAGUCUCCUUCAUUUUUAAGUUUGAGUGAUGUCUUAGAACAAUUACAACAACAAUUUUUACCCUUGAUGUUCGUAUCGUAUUAAUAUAAAUAUAUGGCGUAAAUAAGAAUUGAUUUUGAGCGCUGUAUAUUUUUCGUCUGCUUUGAAGUGUAUCUAUAUUUUAUAUCACGUGACAGCUUUGAA